AUGAAUCCGUAUUUCCCUCCAACUCCAGACGCAGAGAAAUGGUCUGACCCAAAUUACUACACGCGACCAGCCCCCGUCGCACCGCCAACUCCGUCCCCGCCCCCGGAAUACAGUGCCUACCGCCCCGAGUUCGGCGCCGGCCUACCACCGCCUCCGCCUCCGCGGCCUCUGCGCCCGGUCCGCUCGGCGACGAAUCUCACGGGCGCUCAUGCACCGCAGCAGUCAGGGUUUCUGGACCCAAGGGGGAAUUAUCAGGUUGAUUUUGUGGUUGAUGAGAUUCCAAGUCCGACCUCGUUAUCCCCGUCGCCUCUGAGUCCUGCGCCGUCAAACGAGAUUAGAAGAGUCAAGAGCUCAUCUGCUCUAUCGGCGAGGUUGGACGCUCAAGAAGAUAAACCGAAGGAUUCGUCGAAAUGGAAAGCUGCACUUGGAGAAGCGCAGUAUUUCGCUGGCGGUCUUAUAAGUCACCCGGCAGAGUCAAACAAGCAUUUUAGCAUCAUUCGGCAUUCUCACGCUCUAAUCUGGUACAGAGGUCCAGCGACUUCAGUACCCAUCACCAUCCUCUCAGAUGAGCCUCUCCCGCCAACGAGGACGGUGUGGUUGCAGCAGAAGGGAUAUUCAGGAAACAUGGGAAUGACGCUUAAAGCAAUGAUGGGAACGACAGGGACUUGGAUCGAUGUCACGCCCGCGACAAAAACAGGCGUGGAACAUAUCGCCGAGGCAGAAGAACGUGGCAUACAGCGCGAUUUCAAGCGUUUCGUCAAGAAAGCCUCUGGGCGUAUGAAGAAACAUCUCCCGAGAGAAACACACAUCAUUCGUAUCCCCGCCGCAGCAACAGAUGGUUACUUCCGCCUCGUUCUCUGCUCCAACGCCGAUGGGAAGAAAGUCCUCUGCGGCAGUCCCGUAUUCCGCAUCGCUAGCACAUCAACCGACGUAAGCACCGUUCGCGGUUCAAGUCUAAGCACUAUGCCUUUGGAGAUGGGCAUCAAAGUCGCUAGCACGAUUGGUUCACAGGUAGCAAAGAAGUACACCGGCGUCGCAGGUGCCGUCGUCGAACAGGGGGCCAAGAGACUCACGCCGGCGAACGCUACUAUCAAGAAAGUCGCUACGAAAGCGUAUCACGGGAGUGGCAUUGGCAAUGCGGUUAGUGAGAGCUGGAGGAAUGGUAAGGCGGGACGGUAUGAUCCGUUGAUAUCGGGAGAGGCGAUGGAGCCGUUGACGAUACUUGGGGGUGAUGAGGGGCCUGAAGCGCCGUUCCCGUUCAAGUUUGCGGGCAAGGUCGUUCGCGGGACGGGGAUAUCUACUCGUGAGCUGGGAAUACCGACGGCGAAUUUGAGCGAGGUUGGUGAUGAGGUCAAGAUGAGAAUGGGCGGUGUCUUUGCAGCGUGGGCGAGCGUCCUGCCACCCAAAGAAAGCGAAGAUUUUGACGAUGACUGGCACGAAGCAAUCGUCACCAUCGCACCCCUCCGCAACGCUCCCCCGGGCGUCGUUCUUCGUAACAAAGUAACGGUGCACAUCCUGCACGACUUCUCCGACACACUUUUCUUCGACCUGCGCAUGAAAGUCAUGCUAAUGGGGCACUUGCACCCGUCUUCCCCGAAUCUCAGCAAUGAAGCCUUUCUAGAAGAGCACACGCGCGAUGUGAUGACCACGACAGCGAGUCUAGGGCGGGAGAACUGGGGCCCGGAAGUUUCUGUGUCGGCAGUCAGGGCUGUGAAGAGCGAGAAGGGGAUCAAGGAGAGGUUGGGGGAUGCGACGGGGAUGGUGCAGAGUCAGAUGGAUAGGAUACCGAAGCACUGGGUUGGAGUUAGGAGUGAGGCUGGGGUUUUGAGGGAUCAGGUUUAUGGGAAUGGAGGGUUGUGGGUUGAGAGGUGA